AUGGACACGGACAAUGACACGGACAACGACAUGAACACGGACACGGACAAUGACAUGGACACGGACAAUGACAUGGACACGGACAAUGACAUGGACACGGACAAUGACAUGGACACGGACACGGACAAGGACACGAACAAUGACAUGGACACGGACAAGGACAUGGACACGGACAAUGACACAAACACGGACAAUGACAUGGACACGGACAAGGACAUGGACACGGACAAUGACACAAACACGGACAAUGACAUGGACACGGACAAGGACAUGGACACGGACAAUGACACAAACACGGACACGGACAAUGACAUGGACACAGACACAGACACGGACAAUGACAUGGAGAAAGACACGGACAAUGACAUGGACACAGACACAGACACGGACAAUGACAUGGAGAAAGACACGGACACGGACAAUGACAUGGACACGGACACGGACAAGGACACGAACAAUGACAUGGACACGGACAAGGACAUGGACACGGACAAUGACACAAACACGGACAAUGACAUGGACACGGACAAGGACAUGGACACGGACAAUGACACAAACACGGACAACGACAUGGACACGGACAAGGACAUGGACACGGACAAUGACACAAACACGGACACGGACAAUGACAUGGACACAGACACAGACACGGACAAUGACAUGCAGAAAGACACGGACAAUGACAUGGACACAGACACAGACACGGACAAUGACAUGGAGAAAGACACGGACACGGACAAUGACAUGGACACAGACACAGACACGGACAAUGACAAGGAGAAAGACACGGACACGGACAAUGACAUGGACACAGACACAGACACGGACAAUGACAUGGAGAAAGACAAGUACACGGACAAUGACAUGGACACAGACACAGACACAGACACGGACAAUGACAUGGAGAAAGACACGGACAAUGACAUGGACACAGACACAGACACGGACAAUGACAUGGAGAAAGACACGGACACGGACAAUGACAUGGACACAGACACAGACACGGACAAUGACAAGGAGAAAGACACGGACAUGGACAAUGACAUGGACACAGACACAGACACGGACAAUGACAUGGAGAAAGACAAGUACACGGACAAUGACAUGGACACAGACACAGACACGGACAAUGACAUGGAGAAAGACACGGACACGGACAAUGACAUGGACACAGACACGGACACGGACAAUGACACGGACAAUGACAAGGACACGGAUAAUGACAAGGACACGGACAAUAACAAGGACACGGACACGAUGAUGGACAUGGACACGGACACGAACACGGACAAUAGCAAGGACACGGACGAGGACAAGGACACGUACACUGACACGAAUACGGACAAUGUUAAGGACUCGGACAUGACGAAUACGGACAAUGACAUGGACACGGACAAUGACACGAACACGGACAAUGACAUGGACACGGACAAUGACAUGGACACGGACAAGGACAAGGACACGGACAAUGACACGAAUACGGACAAUGACAAGGACACGGACAAUGACAAGGACUCGGACAAUAACACGAAUACGGAAAAUGACAUGGACACGGACAAUGACACGAACACGGACAAUGACAUGGACACGGACAAUGACACGAAUACGGACAAUGACAAGGACACGGACAAUGACAUGGACACGGACAAUGACACGAAUACGGACAAUGACAAGGACACGGGCAAUGACAUGGACUCGGACAAUAACACGAAUACGGAAAAUGACAUGGACACGGACAAUGACACGAAUACGGACAAUGACAAGGACACGGACAAUGACAAGGACUCGGACAAUAACACGAAUACGGAAAAUGACAUGGACACGGACAAUGACAUGGACACGGACAAUGACACGAAUACGGACAAUGACAUGGACACGGACAAUGACACGAAUACGGACAAUGACAUGGACACGGACAAUGACAUGGACACGGACAAUGACAUGGACACGGACAAUGACACGAAUACGGACAAUGACAUGGACACGGACAAUGACACGAAUACGGACAAUGACAUGGACACGGACAAUGACAUGGACACGGACAAUGACACGAAUACGGACAAUGACAUGGACACGGACAAUGACAUGGACACGGACAAUGACAUGGACACGGACAAUGACACGAAUACGGACAAUGACAUGGACACGGACAAUGACACGGACAAUGACAAGGACACGGACAAUGACAAGGACACGGAGACGAUGAUGGACAUGGACACGGACACGAACACGGACAAGGACAAGGACACGUACACUGACACGAAUACGGACAAUGACAAGGACACGGACAAUGACACGAAUACGGACAAUGACAUGGACACGGACAAUGACACGAACACGGACAAUGACAUGGACACGGACAAUGACAUGGACACGGACAAUGACACGAAUACGGACAAUGACAUGGACACGGACAAUGACACGAACACGGACAAUGACACGAAUACGGACAAUGACAUGGACACGGACAAUGACAUGGACACGGACAAUGACACGAAUACGGACAAUGACAUGGACACGGACAAUGACAUGGACACGGACAAUGACAUGGACACGGACAAUGACAAGGACACGGACAAUGACACGGACAAUGACAAGGACACGGACAAUGACAAGGACACGGAGACGAUGAUGGACAUGGACACGGACACGAACACGGACAAUGGCAAGGACACGGACAAGGACAAGGACACGUACACUGACACGAAUACGGACAAUGACAAGGACACGGACAAUGACAUGGACACGGACAAUGACAAGAAUACGGACAAUGACAUGGACACGGACAAUGACACGAACACGGACAAUGACACGGACACGGACACGGACACGGACACGGACACGGACAAUGACACGAAUACGGACAAUGACAAGGACACGGACAAUGACACGAAUACGGACAAUGACAUGGACACGGACACGGACAAUGAUAUAGACACGGACAAUGGCAAGGACACGGACACGGACACGGACAAUGAUAUAGACACGGACACUGACAAGGAUCACAAUUUCUGA